ACGAGCUAGCGAACGAGGGGCACAGAAAAAAUAUUAAUUGUGUCAUAUUUUUUUUUUCUGCUUCUUUUCCAUUCCCUGUUGUGUGUAGUCGCUGAAUGGAAGAGGAUAUUUAUCAUUGACAGUGUCCGUGUGCCUGGGUUUUAUUUGAUAAUUUCCUUACAGCCUUUUCAUUUUGUUUUAAUUAGCUUCUAUUGAAGCGUGAAUGUUUCUGGAUUACUUUCAAGAGAUUUCGUUCAAAAUGUUUUGAUUUUAAAAAAAUUGUGUGUGCUGGUUUCAUUUGUGGAUGAAUUCAGAAUGGAUAUAUUACCGACCAGUAACAUAUUCAGGGAGCUGCAGGUUGUACAUGAGACAGGGUACUUCUCAGCUCAACCUUCUCUUGAGGACCGCUGGCAACAGAACUGUCUGGAAAUGGAGAGGUACCUGAAGAACGAGCCGAAGCUGACGUCAUUUAAGAAAAUCUCUGACCGGAAAUCAACGAAUGGCCGCUUGAUACGUGGCAACAAUGUCAGUUGCAUUACCAUCGGUGGAAACGAAGUUACCAUCAGCGACUCCGCCCUUGGCAGCGUCUGCGCCCCGGAGACGCCACCUGUGACAGAUGCCUCAUUUUCGCUCGGCUCAGAGCCUCGGGGAUUUCCAGAGGACGAGAACUCUAGCUCUUCCUUCGGUGCCACGGGGGGUUCAGAAUAUAAUGAUUCAGAGCUCCUGGAUUCAGAGCUGGAUCCGGAAGAUCUAGUCGGCGACGCCGCUGACUACGACGACGAGGAUGACGAAGAUGACGAUGAUGAGGAGGACGAUGAGUACGAAUACUUCAGUGGCAACGAGCUGCCCAUGGAGGAGAAGCUUGGGGCGUUGGUCAUUAACGACAGCCCCUCGGACACGGUCAGUAUUAACAGCUUCAGCUCCUCCUCCAGCGGCGUGUCGUGGGACAGCAAUAUCAGUGAUCCGCCCAUGUCUCCGGUGAAGCCCAAAUCAAACGACCCUUACGCCCUGAAGCUCAUCGCCCAGCCGGGGCGCACAGAAACUGUCGCCCUCAGACUUUACCCCGUAGAUCUCAUUCAUAAAAACAAAAAGCAGAUAAUUAGCGCGGCCGGCGCCGCCAAAGUGAGAGCCAUGCAACAACAUUUACAGCAGCAGCAGCAGCAGCCGUUUCAACACCAUCAGAGCAGCGUCCACUUACCACAGGGUCAUCUCGCAGCCAUGACACCCGUUCCGUUAUCCGUUCCAAGUUUAUCACAGCGACCCCCGACGGCGCCGUUGGCGCAGAGGUCGAGGGUCGAGGUCAGUCCAGACAGUCGCCGUAGAAUUCACAAGUGUCCAUAUCAAGGAUGCAAGAAAGUUUACACCAAAAGUUCCCACCUAAAAGCUCAUUUACGCACACAUACAGGUGAAAAACCGUAUAAAUGUACAUGGGAAGGGUGUGAGUGGAGGUUCGCAAGGUCUGAUGAGCUCACACGUCACUUCCGGAAACACACAGGGGCCAAACCUUUCCAGUGUCGUUAUUGUUCCAGAUGUUUCUCAAGAAGUGACCAUCUAGCUCUUCAUAUGAAAAGACAUACCACAAUGGACUUGUAAUUUAGGGAUUUGCAAGAACUUUUGUCAUUGGCUGGUCUGAGUGAAAUAAAUACACUGUUAAGAGAAUCAACACUUUAGAGCAAAAAAAGAUAAUUUAAGGGAAAGAAAUCUUAUACGACACUGCAUCUUAAUAUUACUAAUUAAUGUCUCUAAGCUUUAAAAGAUGGCUGAAUGGUCAUGUGACAUGUGCACCUGAGUGUCGUCACAAUGGUCCUGAGUAUAAAACCUCCAUGCUGACAUCCCCUCUCAUCCUGCAGGAGGUUUAAGCUAGAAUAUGCUAAUUACCAUUUGGAAAGAACGCCCGAAUAAUCUAAAAAAAAAAAAAAAAAGAUUUCUUAUUAAAUUAAAACAUAAAAUAAUUUUAAUUUUCAUUCAACAUUAGAAGAAAAAAGAAAACAGGUCCUUAGUUAAUUUUGGUAAAACAGCUUUGGAACCAGUUAGAAGUAUUUGAUAAUGGAAAAAUUAUUACAAUCUAAACAUAUUAAACAAAUUAAAAAAAAGCAGUGUAUUAUGGGUAAUACUCAAACCUAUGAGCAGACAGCAAAUGAGCAGACGACAAUGCAAGCUGAAUGGAAUUUGAAAGACACUGUGUUCACUAAACUUCAUUAAGUUAUUUCUAGUUGGCAACCAUUUCUUUGAAAAGAAAGAACAAUUUGGAUCAUUUUAUGUAUCAUAGUUGUCAACAUUCUGUUUAUUUAACUCAAAAGAGAAUUAUAUAUAUAUAUAUAGUUAUAUAUUUAUAAUAUAUAUUGAUAUAAAAGUGUAUAUUUAUAUUUUAUUGAGAUAUAUUUCUAGCCUGUCAUUACAUGAAUUUGUAUGUUUAUAGUUAUUUAUAAUGAGUCACAUUUUGCAUUGACUUUAUUACUUUUUUAAUACAAACUAUAUUAUUAUGAUUAAUAUAUUUAUAUAUUACUAUUUAAUGCUGAAUAGCAACACAUGUGUAUAAUCAUACUUGGGCUAUGGGUUGCACUCUCAUAUACAACUAACUAUUGCAUGUACUGGUCAUCUAUUGUAACCUUAACAUGGCACUUAGUACUACAAUCUGGCAAUCACGAAUAAACCAUGUAAACUAGAACCAUAUAGUACACUGUAUAGAUUGUUUGGUUAAGUUAAUUUUUGUUUUUUUGUGCUCAUGUAUACUUGUGUUGUUGUUUUUUCUACUAAUCUUUUUAUUAAUUAAUUUAGUAUAUUGAGUUUGUGUGUGUGUCCAAAUGUGAAAUAUGAUGUCAAUUUUUUGUUUUUAUUAUUUUUCCCUCAAAAGGCAAUAGGCAUUAUCUCCAUAAAUUUGCUCAGAUCUGAAUAUUAAUUUUCAAUCAUAUCUUGGAUACAAUAGCAAUUUACUGCAUUUAUUCCUAGCAGUGAAAAGGUUACAUGUAAUCUACAUAGCCAGAGCUUAGGGCAACACCAAAUAAAAUAUCAGAGUGAGUUUUUUUAUGAGUAGUAAUGAUUUUAAGCUAAAGAUGUAUCUGAAAAUUAUAUAUGGUACUGACAUUUUGUAUCUGGACUUAUUAAGAGCCUCAUAUCUCAAUUAGUUUAGGGGCCUUAAAAAUUCUUAAUUUAGUCCUGAUUCCAUGCUUGCUAAUUCAAAAUAAUAUAACUAUAAAACAUGAGAAUGCUUUUUUUUAUGUUGAAGUUUAACCAUAAUAAAAGUCAGAUAGAUAUAAUGGUUUUAUUUGCCUUUUGAGGGUUAGAUCAAGCAAUUAUGAAAUAGGCCAUUAAACAUCAUUUAAUUGGACCACUUCAGGACACUGUGGUUUUGGUCCUAACAACUAGCUUCCCUGAUUAACUAAAUUUAACUGUAUUAUUGGUUUUCGGUACAUUAGGAUUCAGUCAAAAUGGGGGCUGGUCAAAUUAACGUAUUUUUCUAAUUAACCAGAUUCUUUUGUAGUGAAGGUGCUAACACUUAUCUGCCAAAAAUAUGUGAAAAUCAUGGGAAAAAAUUAGAAAAGAAAGAUUGGAAAGCAUAUAUUGCUACACUUGAUGCUUAAACAA